AUGGAAGAGAACAAGCCUACCGCCAGGCCCGAGAGCACACACAGCUCCGACAGGGACGCCGACAACUUCGAAGAUGCCACCGAAACCACUCCCCGACCCACGUCCGCCUCACGCUCGCGGUCGCUGAUUAGCAGGCGCGAGUCGUCGGCGUCGACCGCCCCAGAGCAGAACGCAGAUGCAGAGGUGCCCGAAGUACCUGAAAUACCAGAUGUCGACGGAGCGCUCGAGCAGAAGGAGCCCAUCCCAGAGGCCGACGAGCAAAAGACACAUGUCACCCCGGCAGCUGCGGAGACGGCCGUUGAGCCUGCCGUGGACGACGCUGCGCAAUCCCCGAAUCUCACGUCGCAUAGAAUAUCCGUCACAUCAAUGGACGAUGUCUCGCUCGAAGAAGAAGCCGCAAAAAGCCCCGAGCUUGGGGGUGCGCCCAAGCUACCGCCCCGCGAGUCCACAAGCAGCCUUCAAGGGCUGUCUGGCAAAAUGUCACCAGUCAAGUUCCCUCCACCUCCGCCGCCACCUGCUUCCGAAAAGCACACCUCAUUGCCUCCGCCGCCCACCGCCCCAACGCGAAAACUCACAAGCCCUUUCUCGUGGCUUUCGCGCAAUAGCUCCAGCAAGAAACAGCCAGAGUCCCCGCCGCUCUCUACAGCCGACAGGAGGAACACCAGUUCUUCCCUGCAAACCAUCGGCAGCAAUACUGAACUCGGCAAGAUUGAGGAUGAGGAUGCAAUCAAGGCGAACCGAUCGAGCACGGGCAGCCUGCGUGACCGUUUCAAGUUCCUGAGAAUGCGAGAAGAGGCCGGUAUCACAAUUGACGAAGCUGGUGAGCCUGGACAAGGACCAGCUCCAACCGGUCUGGGUAUCGGCCUAACCAGUCCUUCGAGCGUAGCUGGUGACGAACCUACAAGCCCUCUGCCUCCGACUCUCGCCAAGCAGCCCACCGUCAACCCCAAUCUCGCUCCUGGCACUGCCGCUGGUUUUGCUGCUGGCCCUGCAGUAGAUGCAACAGAACCGGUCGACUGGGAUCUGUGGCAAAAUGUGGUCAACGAAGGGCCUGCUGCUGUCGCGCGCACCAGCGCGGAAGAGCUCAACCGUGCCAUUGCAAGUGGUAUUCCUCAGGCCAUCCGGGGUGUCAUCUGGCAGGUUUUGGCACAAAGCAAAAAUGAGGAUCUCGAGGUUCUGUACAAAGAGCUGGUUGCUCGUGGCACGGGCAAAGAGACCACCAAAGUCAAGACUCCGCAACUUUCGAAUGGCUCAGACAGCAAGGAGAAAGAUUCGAUAGCCUCGUCUUCGUCCUCUAUCCACUCCGACUAUUCAACACCCGCUACGACGACCGGUAGUGCACCCAUGGGUUCGCCGUCUCUUCCAUCGGAUAACCAUGAGGACAUGGCAAAACUUCAACUGAAACUUGCUGCAGAAAAGCAAAAGAGCACGAAGGAGGAGAUUGCCGCAAUCCAGAAGCUCGAGAAGACCAUUAAGCGCGACCUUGGCGCACGCACCAGUUAUUCCAAGUAUCUGAUGGCUGCAGGCCUGCAAGAUGGCCUUUUCGGCAUUUGCAAGGCAUAUGCCUUGUACGAUGAAGCUGUGGGCUACGCCCAAGGCAUGAACUUUGUCGCCAUGCCAUUGCUCUUCAACAUGCCCGAAGAAGAGGCUUUUGGCUUAUUUGUGACUCUCAUGAACAAGUACGGUCUACGAGACCUGUUUGUCCAAGAUAUGCCCGGACUGCAUCUACAUCUCUACCAAUUCGAACGCUUGUUGGAAGAUCUCGAGCCCGCCUUGUAUUGCCACCUCCGAAGAAAGGAUGUGAAGCCCCAGCUCUAUGCUACACAAUGGUUUUUGACCCUCUUUGCAUACCGUUUCCCACUUCAACUGGUUCUCCGUAUCUAUGAUCUCAUUCUCAGCGAAAGUCUCGAGACUGCCAUCCUCAGAUUCGGUAUCGUCCUCAUGCAAAAGAACGCAGAGGCGUUGAUGGGUAUGAAAGAUAUGGCCACCCUGACUACGUUCCUCAAGGAGAAAAUUUUCGACGUUUACAUUGAUAAGGCCCCCUCGGCUUCUUCUAUCCUCGAAAGCGGCUUCUUCGGCUCUACUGGUGGCAUCGAUAAAGAAAUCUAUCGGGCUGAUGCGCUCGUCAAGGAUGCUCUUGCUGUCAAUCUCACGCCUGAGAUGGUAAAGCAUUACACGACCGAGUGGAAAGAGCAGCAACGGGUUGAGAAAGAUCGAGAGACUGAGUUGCAAGGCCUGAGAGACAAGACUGCUAUGCUUGAGAACAAAGUUCGCACGCUGGAGCGACGCGCAGAGCAAUCUGAUACGGAACAUGUCCAGGUAGCAUCCGAGCUCAUCAAAACAAAGGUCGAGAAUGACACGCUGGCCGAGGAGAAUGAGACACUGAAGACCAAGGUCGAAGAGCUUCAAAAGAUUGUGGACACGCAACCCGCUGAAGUCGAGGAGAGGAUGCGGACUGAGAUGGACACUGUUAUGCAGAAAAACAUUAGCGUGCAUAACGAGAACCGCAUGUUGGAGGAGAACAUGGCUGAGAUGGAGAAGGAUCUCGUCGACACGAAGAUGAAAUAUGCGGAUAUCAAUCAGCAGUAUGAGCAGCUCAAGCAGAAGUGGAACAACAUCACACAGUUGAUGGCACAGUGA